AUGGCGUCUGUUAAAGAGCUGCUCGUGGACUCACUGAAAGAGCUGAUAGAAGCUGAACUGAAGGAGUUUCACUGGCGCUUAAUGAAUGCAAAUCAUAAGUGUAUAUCAAAGUCUGAAAUGGAAAAGGCAGAUAUAUUCGACACAGUAGAUAAAGUGGUGUUGUGUUUUGGACAAGAAGAAGCUGUGAAGAUCAUGGUGGACAUCCUGAGGAAGAUGAAGCAGAAUGAUCUGGCUGAACAGUUGGAGAAUGAACACAAGCAAGCUCAGGCUGAGGGCAAUAUGAAGACAUCAGUUCCUGUUGGAGAACUGCAAAACUUCUUGAAAACUCACAAAAACAACAUGACGAAGAAAGCAAAAUUUAUUUUUGAGGGCAACAAAGAAAGUGACACAGAUCUCAAGACUGUUUACACAGAGCUGUUCAUCACAGAGGGAGAUAAGAAAGAUGUCAAUCACGAACAUGAGAUUCUGAAGAUUGAUGAUAUUUUCGGGAACAAAAAAACACAGGACAAACAAAUCAAAUGCAAUGAUAUACUUACUGAACUGAGGAAAAACAAUGAGGAGAAGAUUGUGCUGACCAAGGGAGUCGCUGGCAUCGGAAAAACUGUCUCUGUGCACAAGUUCAUCCUGGACUGGGCAGAAGGAAACACCAAUCAGGAUAUAGACUGUGUGUUCCUGCUUCCAUUCAGAGAGAUCAACGUGAUUAAAGAUAAAGAGGUCAAUCUCCAUGAGUUUCUGCUGAAAUUUUAUCCUGAAUUGAAGAACCUGGAGAAAUCAAAGUUAUAUAAGGAACAUAAGCUAGCAUUUAUAUUUGAUGGACUUGAUGAGAGUCGACUGCCAUUGAACUUUAAAAGUGAAACACUGAACACUGUUGAGGAAAGAGCAUCUGUAGAUGUGCUGUUCACAAGUCUGGUCAAAGGUAAGCUGCUUCCAUCAGCUCUUGUCUGGGUGACAUCACGACCAGCAGCAGCCAAUCAGAUCCCUCCUCGGUAUGUGGGUUUGUUCAUCUGCUUUGUGCAUCUGAGUGUUCAAGAGUUUCUCGCUGCAGUGCAUGUGUUCCUCUGCUACCUGAACAAGAACAAGCAAGAGCUUCAGUUUUUCUUUGAUGAAUCCAAGGAAAAUAUCACAUUGCAGGAGCUACUGCAGAAGGCUGUUAAUAAAGCAAUGCGGAGUGAGAGAGGACAUCUGGACCUGUUCCUGCGGUUUCUGAUGGGCAUUUCACUGGAAUCCAGUCAGAACCUGCUCAAAGGCCUGAUCAAACACACUAAAGACACCAGUGUGAGCAUCAGACAAACAACUGAAUACAUUAAACGAGCACAAAAUAUGCAUGGUAUCUCAGAUGAAGCCAUAGUCAAUCUUUUUUACUGCUUACUUGAGCUGAAAGAUCAGUCAUUAUAUGAGGAAAUCCAGAGUUACCUCAGUUCAGAUGCACAUCCAGGAAGAGACCUCUCAUCUUCAAUGUGCACAGUGCUGACCUCAGUACUGCUGAUGUCAGAGAAGGUGCUGGAUGAGUUCAACCCAAAGAGGUUCACGUCAUCACAAGCAGACUACAAGAGACUCGUCCCAGCUGUGAGAUGCUGCAGAAAAGCCCUAUUUGACGGCUGUGGUCUUGAUGAAGCAUGCUGUGAAACUCUGUCUUCUGCUCUAGAAUCAUCAAACUCUCAUCUGACAGAGCUGGACCUGAGUAACAAUCACCUGCAGGAUUCAGGAGUGAAGCUGCUCUCUGAUGGACUGAAGAGUUCACACUGUCGACUGAACAUACUGAGAUUUUCCAUCUGUAAUCUCACUGCUCAUUCUUGUGAGAGUUUGUCAUCAGUUUUACAAUCCUCAAACUCUGUCCUGAGAGAGCUGGACCUGAGUAAAAAUGACCUGCAGGAUUCAGGAGUGAAGCUUCUUUCUGAAGGUCUGAAGAGUCCAAACUCAAAGCUGGAGAUACUGAGGUUUGAGUUUCAAAUACUUGAUUAA